AUGACUUACGACAAUUACGGAAAUAAUUAUGUUAAUGAAAAUGAGUACAUCAAAGAAAUGUCUCUUUCAUAUACAUAUGGAAGUUUAUGUGAAUUAAUUGCUGCGGCACAGGUUUAUCCAUACUAUUUUGAAGUAUAUCGUGAGGGAAAGCUUUACAUUAGAUAUGGCUCCGAAGAUAAUCCUGUAAUAAGACUACGAUUUACGGGAAAUCUCUCCGGAGGACAUUUUGAUAUUUAUGAACCAUGUAAUGCACAGGAGUCAACUUUAGGAUCAAUACGUCCAGAAUCUUCUCGUAAACGACGUGCAAGACUCACACCAAAUGUGAGGAGAAAACAAAUUAAUAUAGCUGCCAAGAAGUAUGCGAUAACACAUCCCGAAGUGCACAGAGCUGCGGUGGCCUCCUACCAAAAGAGUACUCCUGAAGUGCAUAGAGCUGCGGUAUCUUCCUACCAGAAAAGUACUCCUGAAGUUCACAGAGCUGCGGUGGCCUCCUACCAAAAGAGUACUCCUGAAGUGCACAGAGCUGCGGUGUCUUCCUACCAGAAAAGUACUCCUGAAGUUCACAGAGCUGCGGUGGCCUCCUACCAAAAGAGUACUCCUGAAGUGCACAGAGCUGCGGUGGCCUCCUACCAAAAGAGUACUCCUGAAGUGCACAGAGCUGCGGUGUCUUCCUACCAAAAGAGUACUCCUGAAGUACACAGAGCUGCGGUGGCCUCCUACCAAAAGAGUACUCCUGAAGUGCACAGAGCUGCGGUGGCCUCCUACCAAAAGAGUACUCCUGAAGUGCACAGAGCUGCGGUAUCUUCCUACCAGAAAAGUACUCCUGAAGUUCACAGAGCUGCGGUGGCCUCCUACCAAAAGAGUAAUCCUGACGUGCACAGAGCUGCGGUAGCUGUUUAUCAACAAAACAAUCCAGAUCUCUGUAUAUUAUCGCAAUCACAAUAUAGGGAAAGGCAACCUAUAUCUUGGAGAGUUAAGCUAAAUUCUGCUUUCGAAUACAAUCCUGAAAUUAAUUAUGAGAAGGAUAAAAUAAUAGAUUUAGGGAAAAUGAGCCAUAGGUGCUCAUACUGCAAUGCUCUCAAGUGGAAAGAGGAAUCAGUUGGACUUUGUUGUAGUAGUGGUAAAGUGCAGUUGGACCCGCUAGAAAAACUGCCAGAUCUGUUAGAUAGCCUAAUAAUGGACAGGCAUCCAGAUCAUAAACAUUUUGUGGAUAAUAUUCGAAAAUAUAAUGGCUGCUUUCAAAUGACAUCAUUUGGUGCAACCCGAAUUUUUGAACGUGGUUUUAUGCCAACGUUUAAAGUCCAAGGUCAGGUAUACCAUUUGGUUGGUAGUUUGCUACCACCUGAAAAUAAUCCACAAUUCCUACAAAUAUAUUUUGUAGGGGAAGAUGAGAGAGAAGUUGGAAUAAGGUGUCAAAAUUUUCCAGGUGUUAAAAGUGGUUUAGUGAAACAACUUCAACGCAUGUUACAUGAAGUAAACGCAUACGUUAAACAGCUUAAGUCAACAAUAGAAAGUGUUCCACAAGGAUGUGAAACAUAUCAGAUUGUUAUUCGUGCUGAUAGAAAACCAGCUGAAGCUCAUUCGGGUCGCUUUAAUGAGCCAUCAUGUAGUGAAGUGGCCUUGGUCAUAGUGGGUCAACAAUUUGAAAAAAGAGAUAUUAUUCUCAAAAGCCACGAUAACAAAUUGCAGCGAAUAAGCGAACUCCAUAAAUCAUAUGAUACUUUACAGUAUCCCCUUAUGUUUUGCCGUGGAGAGGAUGGCUAUUCAAUAAAUAUUGCUUUACGCGAUCCUAUAACCAAACGACCAAUUCCAAAAAAGACAGUAUCAGCAGCCAAUUUUUAUGCAUACCGUUUAAUGAUAAGAUCUGACGAGGACUACAUUUUUCGUUUUCGCUCCCUCUUCAGUCAAUAUUUAGUUGAUAUGUACGCUAAAAUUGAAACUGAGAGGCUAAACUACAUAAGAUCCCACCAAAAAGAGCUACGAUCGGAAAAUUAUAUUCAUUUGCGAGAUGCCGUUGGAAGACAAGAUGCAAAUGCUUUAAAUAUUGGCCAAAUGGUAGUACUACCAUCAACAUUUACUGGAGGUCCGCGGUAUAUGCAUGAAAAAACACAAGACGCCAUGACUUAUGUUCGUAAUUUUGGUCGUCCUGAUCUGUUUAUAACAUUUACUUGUAAUCCUAAAUGGCAAGAUAUAGCAAAUGCUUUAUUAUUAUCACAGAAACCAUAUGAUCGACAUGACAUUAUUGGAAGAGUUUUUCACUUAAAAAUAAAAAAACUAAUGGCUCUAUUGACCAAAGGAAACAUAUUUGGUAAAACACGCUGCUAUAUGUACUCUGUAGAAUGGCAAAAACGCGGUCUGCCUCAUGUACACAUAUUGCUUUGGUUAGAUCAACGGAUCUCACCUAACUUGAUCGACGAGGUGGUAUGUGCAGAAAUACCAAAUUUAGAAACAGAUCCAAUUCUUUAUGAUAUUGUCAAAAACAACAUGAUUCACGGUCCUUGCGGUGCAAUGAACUCCAAUUCACCUUGCAUGAAAGAUGGUAAAUGCACAAAAAAGUAUCCCAGAGAAUUGACAAGUGAAACACAAACAGGCGAGGAUGGCUACCCAAAAUACCGAAGAAGGGCGCCUUACGCCGGCGGUUUUACUCUAAAACUAAAUGACAAAGAAAUUGACAACCGAUGGGUAGUUCCCUAUAAUCCAGUGUUGUUACGUACAUUCGGUGCACAUAUGAAUGUUGAAAUAUGCAACUCUGUGAAGUCAAUAAAAUAUAUUUGUAAAUACGUGAACAAAGGUAGCGACCAGGCAGCAUUUUCAUUAGAAAGUGAAAAUGACGAAGUGGCAAUGUAUGAAUGUGGCAGAUACAUAAGCAGCUCGGAAGCUGUGUGGAGAAUAUUAUGUUUCCCUAUUCAUGAAAGAUAUCCCCCCGUAUUUCAUUUGGCUGUACAUCUUGAAAAUGGGCAGCGUGUCUAUUACACAGCUACCAAUGUUAUGCAACAAAUUAAUAACCCACCUAAAACAACUCUAUUAGGAUUUUUUGAACUGUGUAAGUCAGAUGAGUUUGCUAAAACUCUUCUUUAUUCCGAAGUACCACAAUAUUAUGUUUGGAAAAAUAAUAAGUUCGAAAGAAGAAAGCGCGGGAAAAAUGUUGAUGGAUGGGUGAAUAUAAAAAAAGAUGACGUAUUGGGAAGAGUUUAUACUAUUCAUCCAAACAAUUCUGAAUGCUUUUAUCUGAGAUUGCUUCUCCAUGUUGUAAAGGGUCCAACAUCAUAUUUAGAUUUAAAAACUGUAAAUGGUGAAACUUAUCCUAACUUUCAGUCUACAUGCUUAGCUUUGGGUUUGCUGGAAGAUGAUAAGCAUUGGGAUAAUACUCUCGAAGAAGCAGCUAUGAGCGACCACCCAAUAAAGCUGCGAGAUCUUUUCGUCGUUAUGUUGAAAAAUUGUCAAAUCUCAAAUGCUUUAAUUCUUUGGGAAAAGCACAAGGAUAAUUUUUCAGAGGACAUAAAAAGGCAAUUGGAGAUAGAAUUGCAACAAGAAAUGCAAAAUUUGGAUGAAGUAUACAACAGAUGCUUAAUAGAAAUUGAGGAUGCAAUUCUUUUAAUAGGUGGUCACCAUUUAACAGAUUAUGGUUUACCCACACCGCGAAGACUGAACAACACUCACCCAAAUACGGAAUAUAUAGCCGAAAUUAACUACGAUGUCAAUAUUUUACAACAGGAAGCUGUCAUUAGAGAAAAUUCUCUAACAGACGAACAACAAAAAGUAUAUGAUCAGGUUAUGCAAAGUGUUGAAAAUAGAACUGGCCAGUUAUUUUUCCUUGAUGCUCCUGGAGGUACUGGGAAAACAUUUCUGUUAAAUCUUCUUCUUACCAAAGUUCGAAGUCAUGGUAACAUUGCGUUAGCAGUAGCAUCAUCAGGAAUCGCUGCCACUUUAUUAGAAGGUGGGAAAACCGCACAUGCUACAUUUAAAAUUCCCCUAGAGUUGAACCACAUUGAUAUGCCUUUGUGUAAAAUAUCAAAACAAAGCAACUUGGCGCAAGUUCUGCGUGAUUGUAAAUUAAUUGUUUGGGAUGAGAGCACUAUGGCUCAUAAAGGGGGAUUUGAAGCACUGAAUAGAACUCUCCAGGACAUCAAAUCAAAUAAUUUUGUUAUGGGAGGAAUUACAGUAUUGCUAGCUGGAGAUUUUCGUCAAACUCUUCCAGUAGUUCCAAGAGGAACUCGAGCCGAUGAAGUUAAAGCAUGCCUAAAAUCAUCCCACUUGUGGCAUCUAAUCACCAAGAUUUCUUUAAAAAAAAAUAUGCGUGUUUAUUUAAAAGGAGAUAGCUCAGCGGAAAAGUUCUCAGAAAUUCUGCUCAAAAUUGGAAAUGGAGAGUUUCCUAAUGUUCAAAACCGAUUAAUUGUGCCGGUAGAACUUGGUGUCGUUGUAAAGAGUUUGGCUGAACUUAUUGAACAUAUAUAUCCCGACAUUGCAAACAUAAAUACCAGAUCAAACGAUUGGUUAUGCGAACGUGCCAUUUUAACACCGAAGAAUGAAAGGGCAACAAUAAUUAACAACACUAUAUUACAAUCUUUUGAUUCACCUGAAAUGGAAUAUCUGUCUAUAGAUUCCGUUGUAGAAAUAGAAGAAGCUGUUCAUUAUCCAGUAGAAUUUCUCAAUUCACUAAAUCCUUCAGGAUUUCCACCUCACAAACUCACCCUCAAAAUAGGAACCCCAGUGAUGCUUCUACGUAAUUUCAGACCACCAAAACUAUGCAACGGAACUAGACUUCGGGUAAAAACACUACAAAAGAACGUUAUAGAAGCUACUGUGUUAACAGGUUGUGGCAAAGGUGAGUCAGUGUUCAUCCCGCGUAUACCUCUCAAAUCAGAUGACUACCCUUUUGAAUUCAAAAGAUUGCAAUUUCCUUUAAAAAUAUCGUUUGCAAUUACUAUAAACAAAUCACAAGGUCAGUCUCUAAAAGUUGCUGGUGUUGACUUAAAUGAAGACUGUUUCUCCCAUGGCCAAUUUUAUGUGGCCUGCUCAAGAGUAAGUUCAGCUACUGAUUUGUUUAUACUCACGCCUGAUGGAAAAACAUCCAACAUUGUAUAUAAAGAGGUCUUAAGAUAG